UACAAACAUUUUUAUUCACGAUUUUGAAUUCAAAAACCAAGGAAUGGAUACACACAUCCCUUCUCGACCCGUUGAUCGUGAAAAAGCAGAACACGAUCUUUCAAUCAACAUAAAAAAGGCCACGAGCCCUGAGGAAACAGCUCCAAAACAGAAACAUGUUCGAAAAUGCAUUGUAUAUACGUGGGAUUAUCAUACUUCGGAGUCGAUUUGGACUGGGCUUAAAGUUUUGCCAAUUUUAACCGAUGAAGUACAAACUUUUAAAGCUUUAAUAAGCGUUCACAAAAUUAUUCGAGAUGGUUAUGGUAUACUUAUUCGCAAAUAUGUCGAAUUUCUCAAGGCUAAAUUGGAUUAUCAUCGUCAUCAUCCGGAAUUUAAUGGAAAUUUUGAUUACGAAGAUUAUAUUAGUUUAAAAAAUGUGGACGACCCUAAUGAAGGAUAUGAGACCAUCAACGACUUGAUGAAUUUACAAGAUCAGAUCGAUUCAUUUCAAAAAUUAGUUAUUGCACAAUUUCGAGGUUUAUCCAAUAACGAAUGUCGUAUAGCUUCUCUUGUGCCAUUAGUAGAAGAGAGCCAUGGCAUUUACAAAUUUUUAACCAGCAUGCUUCGAGCCAUGCACAAACGUACCGAUAAUGACCCCCCUACUCUAAUCGACAAUAGUGUACCACCGUUACCGAAGCGUCCUCAGUCAAAAUCACCCGCACCAUCAUCUUAUUCAGAACCUGAACCUAUAGCAGAAUUCUGGAAAGAAAAUGAGGCUCAAAAACAACAAGAGCUAGAAAGACAAAGGCAAUUAUAUGAAGAACAACAAAGGCAACUUAUGCAACAACGUGAGCUUGAGCUUCAAAGACAGCGUAUGACGGAAAUGCAGCGGCAGAGAGAAUUGGAAGAACAACAACGAUUGCAGCAGGAAAGGGAAAGAUUGGCCAGAGAGCAGUUACUUAGUGAACAAAUACAAAGGCAAGCUGAGGGAAGAGUUGCUGAAUUGGAAAGAGAACUCUUAAACAAGAGAAGUCAGGUUGAACGUGAUCAAAUGAUGCUGGAGCAAUAUGACAGGAGGGUUAAAGCUCUCGAAAAUGAGAUGAGCAAAUUAAAUUUGAAUGCACAACAACAGAUUAAAUCCAAGGAUGAAAUGAUUAAAAAUUUACAAGCUCUUGCUAAACUUUACUCACAAUUACGUCAGGAACAUCUUGACCUUAUUAGUAAGUUCAAAGCCGCUCAGCUCAAAGCAAAUUCUGCACAAGAAGCAAUUGACAAGAUGGAAAGAAUGGAACGUGAUAUGCGUUCUAAGAACCUAGAGUUGGCAGAUAUGAUAAGAGAGAGAGAUCGUGCAAGACAUGAAUUGGAUAGAUUAAAGAGUAGCCAACGGGAAGAUUUAGAGAGAGUCAAACGUGACCUUACAGAAGCUAAUGCUAGGGCAGAUGACCUUUCUCGUUCAAAGAGCAAUGAAAUUAGCUCAUUGAUGUCUAAAUUUAACAAAGAAAAACAGGAACUGGAAGAUUCGAUAAGACAAUCAUAUGUUGAUGAUUUAUUGAGACAAUUGGAAGGCAAGAAGCAUGAAAUUGAACAAGUAACACAGAUUGAUGAUAGUUUGUAUGAAUUGGAGUCUCCAAUGCAAGCUGGAAAUCAAAAUUCAACACCAGAGUAUACUUUAUCAAUGAUAGAGAAGGCGACAACUGAGGCUUCAGAAUUCUCAUCUUCUCUUAAAAAAUUCUUACAAAACGAUCGGACGAAAGAUCAUACUGAAGUGAUCAAGUCUGCUACAAAUUUCUCACAAGCAAUUUCUGACGUGCUGAUAAACGCUAAGGGUAUUAUACGUCUUGCUGACGAAGACGAUGAAAUAACAGAUGAAAUUGUGGGAGCUGCUAAAAUGGCUGCAAAUAUCGAGAUGAAUGUUCAAAAUGCUCUGCAUAAGGUCUCUAAAGUAGUCGAAGGCAUGUUGAGACAUAAUCUAGAUGUUACUAACAGGGCCGAGGGUGAAAUUGGCAAUUUAGUAGAACAGGAAAUGAUGAAUGCAGCCAAAGUAAUUGAGGCAGCCACUGCAAGAAUUCAAGCGUUGAUGUUGCGACCACGAGAUACUGGUCUUUCUGCUACCGAACUAAAUGUUCAUGAUGCAAUUCUAGAGUCUGCAUUAGCUGUCACAAAUGCUAUCGCAAAUUUAAUACGAUGCGCUACUGCUUCACAACAAGAGAUUGUUGCACAAGGACGUGGCUCGAGUAGCACUGCUGCUUUUUACAAAAAGAACAAUAGAUGGACAGAGGGGCUUAUCUCCGCAGCAAAAGCUAUUGCGGUUGCCACUAAUCUCCUUAUAGAAAUUGCAGAUGGGGUCAUUCAUGGUACUCGUUCUCUCGAACAACUUAUCGUCGCUUCAAAUGAGGUUGCAGCCGCAACAGCGCAGCUUGUUGCAGCUUCAAGAGUUAAGGCAGAUUUUAUGUCAAAGACACAGGAUCGAUUGGAGGCAGCAUCAAAAGCCGUCACUGAAGCCUGUAAAGCUCUUGUAAAAGCUGUGAAAGCUAUUGCGGCGAAACAAAUAGAGGGAGAACCGAUUAACUACUUUGAACUGACACCUCAUGACUUUAAGGUCAAAGAGAUGGAGCAACAAGUGGAGAUAUUAAAGCUUGAGAAAGAAUUAACCAAUGCUCGAAGAAAAUUGGCAGAAAUGAGGAAGCAUGGAUAUCACGACGAGGAAGACUAA